AUGUCAACAAGGCUGUUAACGAAGAGAUGUCCCUGUAGACGAACAUUGUUUGGUAAGAAAAAAAAUAACAGACAAGGAAAACGGAUAGCUUCUGAUCGUCUUUCAAACGAGAAGCCUUUAAAACCAACUUGGACUAUUGAUUCUUUGCUACAAAACAAUAAAAAAACAACAGACGCUCAAACGCUCAUAUCAGACAAACAAUUUAAACAUUUGUUAUCAUUAGCAAGGAUUAAUGUGAAAGACGAGAAAGAAGCAAGUCGACUAAAAUCAGAAAUUCAUCAGCUGCAGCGAAUUACAGAAACCAUCAAAAACCUUGAUCAACAACAUGAUACAAUAGCUCCUCUGACGCAUCUCUGGAAGCAGGACAAAAGCCUGGCACUACGCGAUGAUAAUUUAAUCGAAACGGAUCCAACAGAACGACGGGGUCGCGCUUUAUUAGAUCAUGCAGAGAAGAAAAGUGGGUAUUUCUACACAGUCGAGCAAAAAGUAGGACUUCAGGACAUGGAAGAAUAG